GUUAUGCUAUUUCUUCACCAUUCCCUUCAGAUUUUAUUCAUGUCCUGGAAAUGCUUCACAUUCAUAAAUCCUAUUUCACCUAAUAAAAAUCCAAUCUUCAAGAAAUCAAGAAAAUGUCCAUUUGCACACCCUUCAACUGCAAUGGUCUCAAUCCCAUCUCCUCAAAAUCCAACACCUUCAAAAACCUUCUCACAUCUCAAUUCAUCAGCCAAACAAUCCCACACACUGUUCCUCUCCCUUCACUUCAUUUGUCCCAAUCUUGCAAAGCCAAUCGAAAAAGAUUCCAACUUGUCACAGCUUCAGCUGCUCCAGCGCUUGAAUCUCCCAAAACCUCAUUCAGAAGCAAAAACCCAAAGGAUAUCAAUGUCCUGGUUGUGGGCUCCACCGGUUACAUUGGAAAUUUUGUGGUGAAAGAGUUAGUGAGGAGAGGGUUUAAUGUGAUAGCCGUUGCUAGAGAGAGAAGUGGGAUAAAGGGCAAGAACAGCAAGGAUGAGACACUAGGGUUGUUGAGUGGUGCAAAUGCUUGUUUCUCCGAUGUGACAAAGUUGGAAUCUUUGGAGGGAAGCAUUGAGUGCCUUGGGGUUUCAAUUGAUGUUGUUGUGUCUUGCUUAGCUAGUAGGAGUGGUGGAGUCAAGGAUUCUUGGCUGAUUGAUUAUGAGGCAACCAAGAAUAGCCUUGUUGUUGGUAGGAAAUUUGGGGCUAAGCAUUUUGUGCUGCUGUCUGCAAUCUGUGUGCAGAAGCCCCUCCUCGAAUUCCAGCGCGCUAAGCUGAAAUUCGAGGCGGAGCUGAUAGAGGAGGCUGAGAGAGAUGAGGGUUUCAGUUAUAGCAUAGUUAGGCCUACUGCAUUUUUCAAGAGCUUAGCAGGGCAGGUUGAGCUGGUAAAGGAUGGGAAGCCUUAUGUCAUGUUUGGGGACGGGAGGCUAUGCGCGUGCAAGCCUAUUAGUGAGCCGGACCUGGCUUCCUUCAUUGCAGAUUGUGUGUUGAGUGAGGAGUUGGUGAAUAAGGUUCUCCCAGUUGGUGGGCCGGGGAAGGCAGUGACCCCGUUGGAGCAAGGGGAGAUGCUGUUUAGGCUUGCUGGGAAAGAGCCUAAGUUCUUGAAAGUGCCUAUACAGAUAAUGGAUUUUGCAAUUGGAGUUCUUGAUUUCCUUGUCAAGAUCUUCCCCUCAUUGGAAGAUGCAGCCGAGUUUGGCAAGAUUGGGAGGUACUAUGCUGCUGAGAGUAUGCUGAUUUGGGAUCCUAAGACGGGCGAGUAUGAUGCUGAUAGCACGCCUAGUUAUGGCAACGACACGUUGGAGGAAUUCUUUAAGAGGGUGUUAGAAAAGGGAAUAGAUGGCCAAGAAUUAGGAGAGCAAAUGAUCUUUUGAUUGAAAUUCUUUCUAAAUUUUGCUUACUAUGUACCUACUAUGUGAAUGCUCUUGCUUAUAAUGUGAGAAUUUUUAAAGAA